AUGGAUCAGUCGGAAAUUCAGUCUGAAAAAAUGGAGCUGGUGGUUGUUACUUAUGUUGUGGAUGCCAUCUCGUUUUGGGCUCAGAAUGUGACAGACAAAAUAAAUGAAAAAAUAAAUGCAAUGCUGACAGAAAAGUGCCCCACAGCCCCUAUACUGAUGGGAAGGCCAAGUUUACACAAGGUAUAUGCCGCAAGAUUUUCAGAGGAUAAGUGUUGGUACAGGUGUACAGUGCAACAGCAAACAGAAGACAAGUUCUAUAUUCUCUACAUUGACUUUGGAAAUAUGGAGAUUGUCAGUCGAUCUGAUUUAGUUGAACUGCCAGAGGAACUACAAGCAGCAGGACUUGCAAAAAAGUACAGGUUCUGGGGAUUGCAUGUGUCAAGCGAACAGGAUUCACCACUUCAUUCUCAGGGGAAAUCUUUCCUUCAUAAUAUGAUUCAUGGAAAAAAGCUGCGUGUCCAUAAAAAGUCUGUUUGCUUUGAUGGAACCAUCCUGAUUGAAGCGUUCCAAGGGAAUCUUGACAUUGGUGAGGAACUUUUGAAAUUUAAGCUUGCCAAAGUCAGUCUUCCAGGCAACAGGGAGAACUCGCUUCCCUCAGUAAAGCUGCAGGAGCACACAGGACUGUGGCCCAGCAGAAGCACAUCAGGGGAGCUGGACACACUUGGCUCUACACUCGGAUCCAUGCCCAAACUGCGACCAAUAUUUUCAGUCCAGAAGCCUCCAGAAGUUAUUAGAGAGCAGAAAUCUGUCAUCGAUCUCCAACAUGUGGAGAAACUGAACAUAGAUCAGGAACCUCUUACUGAUAUCAAGUCUUCAACGACAGAUGCAGACGAACAACAGUUGUGCCCUCGGGAUACUGAGCAGGUGCACAAUGAAACUGAGUCUGAACUACAGAGGAUGAGAGAGGUGAUAGAUGAGAAGGAUAUGGAGAUCAAGAAGCUAAAAGAGGAAGGAAGUGCUGUCCAGCUGCUUGUAUCUCUCCUUGGACAGCAGUUAGAGGAGGCCAAAUUAGAGCUUCAGACAACGAAGGAGUAUCAUGAGAAGACAAAAGAGAUUGGAAAUAAUCAUCCUACAGUUACAAACAGAAUUUCCCAGUUGGCUAAAAAAGUGGAUGCUGUGAGGAAACUAAGGGGGAGGAACCCAUGCUCCACUGAUGAAGAUCACCUAUUACAGUCCAUCACCAUCAUCAAAAACUACAGAAUUUCAAUGCCCAUGAGCUCAGAGAGGCUGGAACUUGCAUGGAAAGCUUAUGACCAAGCUUUGGAAAAUCUGAAAGGCUGUCAAACCAUUACAAAAAUAGAGCCACUGGUGAACAGCAGGAAUGAGGCUCGUGGUGCUCUUUUACUAGCUGUUGAUGACUUCCUGCAGGAGGUGGACAAGCUUCCAGUCAGUGAACGGCCAAAUCGUCUGACGGAAGUUGCAUCAUCAUUGACUGGAGUAUUUAGCUCUUUUAUGCUGCUGGAGCAGAUCGAUGAGUACGCGUUUGAAAAAUUCUGUGAGUGGAAAAGACACAAACAACAGAGAAUCACAACUGUGCAAAAAGCUACAGAUGAGGCUCUCCUUGUUCUUAGUGGCUGGGCAUCCAAGUUUAGCAUGUUUUUGUGUUUGAUGGAGAAAACAUCAGUGACUGAAAAAGAUGUUUCUGAAGGUGUGGAUGAGAUCCUGAUGAAUGCUGACAAUGCCCUGUCUGAAGAACUCAAUAAUGAAUUCUCAAAACAAAACAAUCAAGAGAGGAAAGUGGUGUUUAAUGCCUUUCACAAAGCCAUGCAAGACAUCCAGAAAGAACAAAGGUUGUUGGAAGAGAUAAAGAAAAUGUAUGACCUCAACACAAAGUUUAAGCAGGAAGUACAGCAGUGGCAGAGCAGCCCUCCUAAAGCAGAUGAGCUGUUUGUGGUGAAGAAGCGGAUCAGGAACCUGCGAUCUCAGCUGCGAUGGAAACUGGUAGAAGUUAGCUGUCUGGAGGAGGCAGAAGAGCUGGAUCUGCCUGAGAUUCUUAAAAAGAAAGAGGAGAUCGCUGAGACAAGGAACGCUCUCUUUCAAGAAAUCAGCCACGAGAAGCAGCAAUAUACAUUGCUGUGUGAGCUAGUGAAAAGAAGCUUUCCUGAGUUACCAGUGAUCUAUCCUGAUGCAGAUAUCAAUGAUUAUAUGAGCUCUGCAGGGCUGUUAAUGAAGAGCUUGGACAGAGACAUGUUUGACGCAGAGCCGAUGAAAGAGCUGAGUGGGAAGAGACCUCUUCUUAGCACAGACUUCCAGGGGCAGAAGGUUGUCCUGAAGUGCUACGCUGUGGAUGGAGAGUCAGAGGUGAAGGUGCUUGAACAAGCUGCAGAGUAUCACAGAGCUCAGCAGCACAAUCCAUCAACAACUGUUCCUCUUCUGGCACUAUUCUGUGGCAAAUCUGAUCCUUUGGCAUACGUCAUGGUACCACACUACUCUAUUGGAAGUCUCAGAGCCAUUCAGAAAUCCUCUCCACUGUCCUCUUGUGAGAUCAGGAAUGUGAUGAAGGGUGUAGCACUGGGACUGCAGGGUCUUCAUGCUGCAUCAGUUACUUAUGCAUCUCUACAUCCCAACAAUGUGUUUGUCAUCGGCCGAGAGAGAGGCAUUGUUGGAGAUUACGAUUUCACCAAGACACCUGAGCAGAGGGCGUGUGACAGUGGAAUGAUUGCUGGUUCCAUCAGUCUGGUGGCUCCAGAGGUAAAGCAAGGUCAACCACCUUCCCCAGCCAGUGAUAUGUAUGCUUUUGGAGGCAUCAUCAUCUGGCUGCAUUUUCCAGACUUCAGCGGAGCCCUAGAUAGUGAGCAUCAAAAUGUAGACUUCACUUGUUUGGAGAUGAAUGUGAAAUUGCAAGCUCUCCUCUCAAAGCUACUGAUGUCCUCUACAAGACUGUCUGCUUCCGAGGCCCUAAAACAAGACUACUUCAUCUCGGAUGAUAUGUAAAAACUAAAUGUGUUCGUGCUGGUGUUCUUUAAAUUUUUUUGUUUAAAAUUUGUCUGUAUUAAAAAAUA